UCCCAACCCUUUCCUUCUCUAGGUCAAACAAGAGAUGCAGACACUGACCAAAGAGAAGGGAGUGAAUUCCUUCAAGAUGUUUAUGGCCUAUAAAGAUGUGUAUAUGCUGCAGGACUCUGAGCUAUAUGCUGCCUUCUCCCAGUGUAAGGAGGUUGGAGCUAUAGCUCAGGUGCAUGCUGAAAAUGGAGACCUGAUCGCAGAGGGGUCUAAGAAGAUGCUGUCAAUGGGCAUCACGGGGCCCGAGGGCCACGAGCUGUGUCGGCCAGAGGAGGUGGAGGCCGAGGCCACCCAGCGAGCCAUUACCAUCGCCCAUGCUGUCAACUGCCCGCUGUAUGUGGUCCAUGUCAUGAGCAAAUCUGCCGCCAAGGUGGUGUCUAAUGCACGCAGAGUUGGUCGUGUGGUGUUCGGGGAGCCCAUUGCAGCUGGAUUGGGCACUGACGGUACUCACUACUGGCACAAAGAAUGGGCCCAUGCUGCUGGCUUUGUCAUGGGUCCUCCCCUCAGACCUGACCCCAGCACCCCUGGGUACCUCAUGGACCUACUAGCCAAUGAUGAUCUCAGUGUGACGGGGACGGACAACUGCACCUUUUCUGUGUGCCAGAAGGCUCUCGGCAAAGAUGACUUCACCAAGAUCCCUUAUGGAGUGAACGGAGUGGAGGACAGGAUGUCUGUCAUCUGGGAGAAAGGAGUGCACAGCGGCAAAAUGGACGAGAAUCGAUUUGUAGCCGUCACCAGCAGCAACGCAGCAAAAAUCUUCAACUUCUACCCGCAGAAAGGCCGUAUCGCCAAGAACUCAGAUGCUGAUGUGGUUAUAUGGGACCCCAAGAUGACAAGGAAGAUAUCAGCCAAGACACACCACCAGGCUGUGGACUACAACAUCUUCGAGGGCAUGGAGUGCCACGGUGUCCCUGUCAUCACUAUCUCAAGAGGGAAAGUGGUCUAUGGAGAUGGGCGACUGAAAGUGUCACCAGGGCACGGCAAAUUCAUCCAUAGAAAACCCUUCUCUGAAUUUGUUUACAAAAGAAUCAAGCAAAGGGACCAGGUCAGUCGAGCCCCACAAGUUUCAUUACUAGAAAAUAACAUUAGUUAGUAAAAUGUUACCACU